CAGCAGGUGUGAGUCCUGGUGACUGCCAUCACCUUUUCCUUCGAGAUGGCUCUACAGGUCCCCAGCCUCCUCCUUGCAGUAACUGUGGUGCUGAUGGUGCUGAGCAGCCCUGGGGCCGAAGGCAGAGACUCUCCAAGGGAUUUCGUGUUCCAGCUCGUGGGCCACUGCUACUUCACCAACGGGACGCAGCGCAUACGGCUUGUGUUGAGCUACGUCUACAACCAGGAGGAGUUGGUGCGCUUCGACAGCGACGUGGGCGAGUACCGCGCUGUGACCGAGCUGGGGCGGCCGGACGAGAAAUACUUAAACAGCCAGAAGGAGAUCCUGGAGCAGACGCGGGCCACAGUGGACACGGUGUGCAGACACAACUACGAGCAGCCGGAUGCCCACACCUCCCUGCGGCGGCUCGAACAGCCCAAGGUGGCCGUCUCCCUGUCCAGGACGGAGUCCCUCAACCACCACAACCUGCUGGUCUGCUCGGUGACAGAUUUCUACCCAGCCCAGAUCAAAGUGCGCUGGUUCCGGAACAGCCAGGAGGAGACGGUGGGGGUCGUGUCCACACAGCUUAUUAAGAACGGGGACUGGACCUUCCAGAUCCUGGUCAUGCUGGAGAUGACCCCUCAGCGAGGAGAUGUCUACACCUGCCAUGUGGAACAUCCCAGCCUGCAGAGCCCUGUCAUGGUGGAGUGGCGGGCGCAGUCCGAGUCUGCCCAGAGCAAGAUGCUGAGCGGCAUCGGGGGCCUCGUGCUGGGGCUGAUCUUCCUGGGGCUGGGCCUUUUCGUCCGCCACAGGAGUCAGAAAGGAACUCAAGGGCCUCCUCCAGCAGGGCUCCUCCAGUGA